GAAGAAAGAGGGAGGGCGAGGGACCAAGGGAAACUGAGGAAGAGAGGGAGGGGAAGGAGAGGAGUUAGAGAGGGAGAGAGAAGAAAAGGCAGAAAACUUGUGACUUGACAAAAGAGGGCAGGUACCAGAGGCAGACUCUGUCGUAGGACCAUGAAGGCCGGCGUGGGACUCUUCUCUGCAUUGGCUCUGUUCCUCCUGGUGGGGGCAGUGUUCAGCCAGAGACUUCGGCCAAAGAAGCCCACCAAGCGCCCAGGCACCACCAGGAAGCCUUUUGUCCCCCAGCCUCCUGGACCGGCACAGCCAGAGCCCCAGGAACCUACAGACUUCCCCCCACCCAUCCUGGGGCCUCCUUCAAUAUAUCCUGACUGUCCCCGAGAGUGUUUAUGCUCCCCGAAUUAUCCAAAUUCUCUCAACUGUGAGAACCGGAACAUCCGUGUGAUCCCUGUCAUCCCGUCUAGAACCCACUAUCUGUACCUGCAGAACAACUACAUCUCAGAGUUGACAGCAGAGCCAUUCUCCAAUGCCAGUGAGAUACGCUGGAUCAACUUGGCAAAUAACCGCAUUCAUCGAAUAAACAAGCAGGUGUUUGAGAAGAUCCCAGCACUGCUGUACCUCUAUGCACAGCGUAACCAGCUGAAAGAGGUGCCCCCAGGUCUCCCAAGCAGCCUUGAGCAGCUCCGCCUUGGUAGAAAUCGAAUCUCUAAGAUCCCCUCUGGUGCCUUCAGCAAGAUGGGGAACCUGACUCUCCUUGACCUGUACCACAACCAGCUGAGUGACACCGGCCUGGGACAAAACACAUUUAAAGACCUAAAGGGCCUCAUGCAGCUCAAUCUGGCCCACAAUGUCCUGAAAAAGAUGCCUGUUGGUAUACCUAAUGGCCUCAUACAGCUUUUCCUGGACAAGAACAGUAUAGAUGACAUCCCAAAAGACUACUUCAAAGACUUCACCCACCUGGCAUUUGUGAGGCUGAAUCGCAAUCAGCUGAGUGAUAAAGGUAUUCCUAAAAAUGUGUUCAACAUAUCCACCCUGCUGGACCUGCAGCUGUCCCACAACCAGCUCUCUUCAGUUCCUAAAUUCAGCAGUCAUCUGGAGCACCUGCAUCUUGACCACAACAGCAUUGAGAGCAUUAACGGCACCCUGAUCUGCCCAUACAGCAUUGAGGCAGUCAUGAACGAUCACGAUCUGACACCCAGGCUAAGGUAUCUGCGUUUGGACGGGAAUCACCUAAGUCCUCCCAUCCCAGUGGAUGUCAUCAUGUGCUUCAGACACCUCCACUCUAUCGUCAUUUAGGAGAAGAACCAUGCCCAGAAGCCUGAGGGCAUGUUCAUGCACAAACUACACACAGACAAAGAACACAUAAACACACAUGCCAUGCACAAAUACACACCGGCGGUAAACACAAACUGCUAAUUUAAGCACAAUCUAUGAAAAUGAAUUGACUGUAAAGUUUUUCAGGCUUUGUUUGUUUAAUGAAUGGAAACAAAAGAGCAAUAAGACUGAACUAUGAACUUUAGAAAGAGUGUAUUUACUACAUUUUUUUUUGUAUUUAGAAGGAGUUAUAGUUUAGUCAUUUUUAUCAUCAAAUUACAAUGCAAAAGGAUAAAGCCUGAAAAUACAAGUACACUGACAGGCAUGCUACAGUUGAGAAGGUAGUUAUGAUCACUAGCAAAUGUGACCAGAGGAAAGCUGCAGUGGAUGCAAGCCGAACCUGUCAAGAACUUUAGAACUAUCAUACAGUUUAAACUGUCUUAAAUGUGCCUGGGAUUUCCAAGGUGCUUCAUUUUAAAAUAACAUUUAUUUUAGGGAUGCACAAUAUUAUCGGCAUGAUAUCGGUAUCAGCAGAUAUUAGCCUAAAAUAGAUAAUUAUUGGUAUCGAUAGGUAUAAAAAAUGCUGCUGAUAUUUUGGCUAUAGAAAUCUGCCUUUAUCAGCAAAAAAGGGUGUAUGAACAAAUACUUACAGACCUAUGUCAGCUGAAGUCUUUUACUUGUUCAUCAUCGUUCAGUACACUUAAAAGUGUGUCUAAGGAAGGAAAUUUGCUCAUUAUUAAACUUUAAAAUGUGCAUAUUAAGGACUGAAGUUUAAGCUCUGGACUAUCUUUAAAUAUCAGUAUCGAUAUCAGUUGGCUAGUAUUAACUUGUAAAUAUCGGUAUAUCGGAUAUCAGCAAAGAUUAAAUAUAAUGCGUCCCUAAUUUAUUUCUGUUGUCUUAUAAGUUCUCUGUAUAUUAUUCUUCUGUAUAAAGAAGCCUUGUAUAAAUAAUAAAAGUAAAACUUUUUUGA